CCAAGGUCUGACCUCCACACAAGUCGCUUGGGUAACCAGGAUUAGCUGAAAAUGGCCAAGCGAUUCAUUCUAUUGCUCUUCGUCGCCGUCUGGCUGAGCGGAAGUGCAAAUGGACAGAGAGAUCACCCACGUGGCCGUUCUUUCGAUGCCGCAGCGCAUCCCAUCAAGCAUCCGGAGGAGCAGCAGAGCCAGUACUGGGUGGACAAGGCUCAGGCCAAGUUGCUGUCCAAACUGGCCGAAACACAGGCGGCGCACACGAACAAGGCCAAGAACGUGAUCAUGUUCCUGGGCGACGGCAUGUCCGUUCACACGGUCACGGCCACCAGGAAUCUGUUGGGCGACAGUGCGGAGCAGGUGUUCUUCGAGGGAUUCCCCUACACGGGACUGUCCAAGACGUACUGUGUGAACCGGCAGGUGGCCGAUUCCGCCUGCACGGCCACCGCCUAUUUGGGCGGUGUGAAGGGCAACUACGGAACCAUUGGCGUGAACGCCAAUGUGCCCAGGUACAGUUGUGAUGGCGACUCAAAGGUGGAGGAUCAGGUGCUCAGCAUUGCCCAGUGGGCACAGGCGGCGGGCAAGGAUGCAGGACUCGUGACCACCGCUCGGGUGACCCACGCCUCGCCAGCUGGCGUUUAUGCCCACACCGCAGAUCGCAAUUGGGAGAACGACUGGGAGGUGGCCAACAGGGGCUGUGAUCCCGAACAGACCAUCGACAUUGCCCGCCAGCUGGUGGAGCAGCCUGUGGGUCAGCAGCUCAAGGUGAUCCUCGGUGGAGGUCGCCAGAACUUCAUCAACACCACGGUCAACGAUGAGGAGGGAUAUGCCGGUCUGCGCACCGAUGGUCGUCACCUAAUCCGCGACUGGUUGGAUCAGAAAAAGGAGGCCAAUGUCUCCGCUAACUACGUUUGGAGUCGCAAGGGUCUCAGUCUGGUGGAUCUGGAGAAUACCGACUAUCUCCUAGGUCUCUUUGCCAAUUCCCACCUGCCCUACAAUGGAGAUCGGGACAGGAAACGCAGUCAGUUGGCGGAUCCUUCGCUGACUGAGCUCACCGAGGCUGCGAUUAAGGUUCUGAGUCGCAACAAGGAGGGAUUCUUCCUGUUUGUCGAGGGUGCUAGGAUCGAUAUGGCACAUCAUGAUACCUUCGCCAGGAGAUCUCUGGAGGACACCGCCGAGUUUGCGAACGCCGUUCAGAAAGCCCGCGAAUUAACCUCCGAGGAUGACACUCUGAUCGUGGUUACCGCCGAUCAUUCUCAUGUGAUGUCCAUCAAUGGUUAUCCUUUCCGUGACCAGGAGAUCACUGGAUUGGCCCAGCUGGCCGAUGACAACCUGCCCUAUACGAUUUUGUCGUAUGCCAAUGGACCUGGUUAUUACUCUGCUUACAAUCGUGCUGAGGGACGGGCCCUGCUGAAGGAAAAGUUGGUGGCGGACUCGGACUAUCGGUAUCCCACGUUGGUGCCUUUGGAUUCGGAAUCCCAUGGAGGCGACGAUGUGGCGGUGUAUGCCUCGGGACCCUAUGCGCAGUAUUUCAGUGGGAACUACGAGCAGAGCAACAUUCCGGCUCUGAUGAGUCGGGCAGCUGGCAUCGGUCCCUAUGCCUAGGAUACAUCUUUCUUUCUUAGUACAUGUACAUACAUACAUACGUAUAUCACCUCCUGGCUGAGAUAACCCAAUUAAAAUGCAUCAUAGCUAA